AUGAGGCUCACUUUCGUUCUCUGUCUUUGCCUCUCUGCAGCCCUGGUUCCUGGAAUUGUGGCGCUUGCUCCGUCUUUCAAUCAUGAAAUCAAUUCGGUCCAGUCACGAGCCCUGCCUAAUGCCCCCAGCGGGUACACACCAGCCAACAUCACCUGCCCUGCCAGCAAGCCUGUCGUUCGUAAUGCAGCCAGACUAUCUGUCGAUGAAGCAAGAUGGCUUCAAAUUCGAAAGAAAGAGACAGUCCCUGCUCUGAAAGCACUCUUUGCCCAUCUCAACAUGAGUUCCUUCGAUGCGGUCUCUUACAUUGAGUCACACUCUUCAACCAUCUCCGACAUUCCCAACCUGGGAAUUGCCAUUUCUGGGGGAGGAUACCGAGCUUUGACCAAUGGAGCAGGUGCACUAAAAGCACUUGAUAGCCGAACUCCCGGAACAACCCAAAUGGGCCAUCUUGGUGGUGUGCUUCAGUCAGCCACAUACUUGUCGGGCUUGUCUGGCGGUGGGUGGUUACUGGGUUCAAUCUAUGUCAACAACUUCACCACCAUUUCCGAUUUACAAGCUCACCACAGGAUCUGGAAAUUUCAGAACACUAUCAUCAAGGGACCGGCAAGAAAAGGACUUGGCGCAUGGCACACCGCAGAAUACUACCACGAUUUGGCCGAGCUGGUUUCAUGGAAGAAGGAAGCGGGCUUUAAUAUCUCUUUGACGGAUUACUGGGGUCGUGCAUUGUCCUAUCAGCUUAUAGACGCCGAGGAUGGGGGUCCGGGAUAUACAUGGUCCUCCAUUGCAUUGACAGAUGACUUCAAACAGGGAAAGAUGCCCCUGCCUCUGUUGGUUGCCGAUGGGCGAAAUCCAGGCGAAACACUCGUCGGAAGCAACUCCACUGUUUAUGAGAUCAACCCUUGGGAGUUUGGCACUUUUGAUCCAUCAAUCUUUGGCUUCGUGCCUUUGAAGUAUCUCGGGUCUCGGUUUGACAGUGGCAAGGUAUCUUCUGAUGUCUGCGUUGAAGGCUUCGACAAUGCUGGAUUUAUCAUGGGAACAUCCUCCACGCUCUUUAAUCAAUUCAUCCUCCGGCUGAACACUACAGAUCUACCCGAGAGACUCAAAUCACUUCUUGCUGUUAUUCUUCAGAACCUUGGAGAAAACAGCGAUGACAUUGCCGUUUAUUCCCCAAAUCCAUUCUACAACUAUCAACAAGCCACGAUUGCAUACAGACAUACCCCCAACCUCAAUGUGGUCGACGGCGGAGAAGACAAACAAAACCUUCCACUUCACCCACUGAUCCAACCUGUCCGCGGUGUUGACGUGAUAUUUGCUGUAGACUCAUCAGCAAGUACAAAGAACAAUUGGCCGAGCGGCAGCCCUCUCGUGGCAACCUAUGAACGCAGUCUCAACUCUUCGGGAAUCGGGAAUGGAACUGCCUUCCCAAGCAUCCCAGACAUCAACACCUUUCUCAAUCUCGGCUUGAACACACGUCCAACAUUCUUCGGUUGUAAUACUGCCAACCUCACCGGUCCAGCUCCACUCGUGGUGUAUGUUCCGAAUCAUCCCUACACCAUGCUUUCCAACAAAUCCACGUUCCAGAUGGAAUACUCCAUUGCCGAACGAGACGAUAUGAUUGAAAACGGCUACAAUGUUAUGACAAUGGGAAAUGGGACAAGAAAAGGUUAUUGGGACUGGUCGACAUGCGCCGGCUGCGCGAUUCUUAGUCGGUCUUUUGAUCGAACCAGGACCCAGGUGCCUGGAGUUUGCAGAGAAUGCUUUAAGAAGUAUUGCUGGGAUGGAACUCGCAACAGUACGGAGCCGGGGGAUUAUGAGCCUGUGCUUGUUGUUGCAAAGAAUUUUGGGAUGAAAGACUCGGUCUCUUUUCUGCUUAGUUUCACGAUGUCAAUUCUAUUUCUGUACUUUGUACUCGAGUAA